GCUGGACGACAUGACAGUUACCGUGGCAACGUACAGCUCACCAUUGUGACCUCCGGAGACAGGCGGGAGGAAGCCAGGGACCCUUUCCCUUCGCGACGCGGCUUUUCCUUCCCGCGAGGCCUCCCUCUUCUCUCAGCCCUUUCGCUUCAGGUCUAAGGGCCGUCCUCGGCCUUGCCUCGGUAGCAAUGGCGGCCGCCAUCUUCGCGUAGCUCUCCCGCUCAGAGGCUUCGCUCAGUCGCCACGGAAACUGCAAUCCCGGGAGGCUUUACGCGAGUCCGGCCCGCUCUUGGAAUCGGUGCGGCCGGGCGCGAGCUGCCCUUGGGCUGGACAGCGAUGGCGCCGCGGCUCUUACCCGUUGUCAAGUUCCUGGUUAAAGGGGGCUUGGUAGGAGGUGCCGUGUACAUAGUUUAUGAGCAAGGCCUGUUGAGCAGCAGUGACCAGGGGGCUGAAGCUCUCCGGAAAGCCCAGGAAGCUUUGCCUCCAGCUGUGGAGGAAUGGACCAGAUAUUUUGGCUGGCAGCUUCCAGCCAUUCCAAAAACCGAAUUUUCUAUCUCCAAUUCCUGGAACGCAGGGGUUCAGGCUGUCAUAGGUGCCCUCUCCAUAGCCCCUACCAGGGCUUGUGAAUAUACACAGCACAGCUGGAAAUACCUGAAGGACCUUAUCAAAUGAAACCCUACCAAAGACGAUUGACCUUUCUUUCCUUCUUGCUGUCUCAGGGGGAAUUUAUGGCUGUGGUUUGGCCCUGGGGCUUGGAAUAAAGACCUUGCAACCAUCUCA